AUUUUUGGUUGUGAAGUUUUUUUUUUUUUUUUUAGUUUAGUAUUUUGGGAGUUUCAAGGAUGUGUUUUUAGGAAAGGGAAAAUGAUUUAAGGGCUGAUUUUUUGGUUGUGAUUUGUGAAGUUGGGAUUUUCAGUUCUGAGAAGUUGCAAAUUGGUUUUGGAAUAAUGAAUACUUCUGGUAUGGGUGGUGGCUUUUUAUCUGGGUAUAAUGGUGGAUUUUUGGGGAUGAAUAUGCUGCAACAACCUGAACCAAUGAGUAAUAAUGCAGUUCAUGGUCAUCAGAUGAAUCACAAUAAUGUUCAAUCAUCGGUGAGUGCAAAAUUGGGGCUUGAACACGAAAAAACUGUUGGUUUGAUGGAUGCACAAGGUUGUAUGGCUUAUGGGAAGGAUAAAGCAGUUGGGCCGAGUAAUGUUGUGAAUACUAGUAAUAAUCCUAAUAGCAAUACGAGUGACGAGGAUGAGCCUAGCUUUAAUGAGGAUGGAAAUGGUGAUAACAACGGUGGGGCACAGGGGAAGAAGGGAUCUCCAUGGCAGAGAAUGAAAUGGACUGAUAAUGUUGUUAGGCUUCUUAUACAAGUAGUUGCAUGUGUUGGAGAUGACGGUAGUUUGGAAGGUCCUGGAGUGGGGUUGAAGAGAAAAUCUGCUUGCCUUCAGAAAAAGGGUAAAUGGAAAACAGUAUCGCGAAUAAUGAUGAGUAACGGUUGUCAUGUCUCACCUCAGCAGUGUGAGGAUAAGUUUAAUGAUUUGAACAAGAGGUACAAGAAGUUGAAUGAUAUUCUUGGGAGGGGUACUUCUUGUGCUGUGGUGGAAAAUCCGAUUCUAAUGGACUCCAUGCCUCAGCUUUCUGCCAAGGCCAAGGACACGGUGAAAAAGAUACUUAACUCAAAACAUUUGUUUUAUAGAGAGAUGUGUGCUUACCAUAAUGGGCAGAAGAUACCUGAUUGCAAUGAUCUUGAAUUUCCAGCUCACUCUUCACCUGUUGCAGCACUGUGUGCAAAAGAUCAUAAUGGCUCCCAGGGAGACGAAGCUGAAGAAAAUGACGAAAGUGAUGAUGAUGAUGAUGAAUCGGAUGAUAACCAUGGUGAUGGUGAUGCACGUAAAAUUGCAGAUUUUGAUGAGAGAAUGAGACGAGUUGAAGAAAAUGGCUGCUUCUUGCCACAAAUUAACGGGAAUGAUAAUUUUUUGGCUGAAAUUAAUGAAUUUUUUCAAGACCCUACAAAAUCCCAGUGGGAUCAGAAAAUGUGGAUUAAGAAACGGAUGUUACAACUGGAAGAGGAAAAGAUUGGCAUCCAAGCUGAAGCCUUUGAGUUGGAGAAACGUCAGGUUAAGUGGCAAAGGUUCUGCCGCAAGAAAGACAGGGAGUUUGAAAUAGAAAGGCUGGAGAACAAGAAAUUAAUGUUGGAGAAUGAGCAUAUGGCAUUGCAACUGAAGCAUAAGCAGCACGAAUUAGACAGUACAAAGCCCAAUAUUUCUUUCAAUUCUGCACCUCUCAGCUUAGAUAGACCGAUGGGAAGAGAUCAGCUUGAUGCAGCUAGGUAUCAUUAGCUAGUAAGCAUCGGAAAUCUCCAAGUUUUUGGCAACCUGUUAUCGCUCCCUUUUGUUGUAAAAUCUUUUAAAAAUGUUUUACAGCUAACAUGCAGCAGCAAACUUGUUAAUCA